ACUGUCUUCUAGCCUUUCUCUUUUUUUCUCUCGCUCAGUUGUUUUCAGGGUUUCGUCGCUUCGAUUAGGUCAGUGAUGGCGCUGGAGAUCGAGCAGCAGAAUGGGGGAGCGAGCUUCGCUGCAUUGAAGCCUCAGCUGAUGCUGCCGGCGGGGAAGGCUGACGAGGCGGUUCAGUUCUACAAGACGGCUUUCGGUGCUGAGGAGCUGAAGCGUGUUUCCCACCCUAAGCGUAAGGCUGACCAGGAGCUUCCGCUGAUCUUAUGCGCUGAGCUCAAGAUCGGUUCCGCUUCCCUUCUCGUCUGUGAUCAGACCGAUGAUUCCUCCUGCGCUGCUGGGAACGAUAGCGGGAGCGGGAUCGUGUUCAGGCUGGAGACAUUGGACGUUGAGGGGGCUUUGGAGAAGGCCGUGAAGGCGGGGGCGGCGAAGGAAGGCGAGAUCGUGGAGGACGACGGCGCUUGCUGCGGCGGUGUCGUCGGCAAGGUGAAGGAUCCCUUCGGCGUCGCAUGGAUCAUCGCCUCAGCUUCUAAGGCCGCUGACGUGGAAGCGUAGACGUCAUCCGAUCUAUCUGACAAGUGUUUUGAACGGCUCUGAUUCUUCGAUCUAGCUCUCCACUUUUAGUACUAGCACUAGUUUCUUUCUAGUUUUAAUGGUAGUUUUUCUAUGUUUUUUGGUAACAAAAAUUGUUGAAAAAGAACCUCGUGAACCGGUGAACUGGUGAAUAGGGUAUCUAUGGGUCUGACCCACAGAUGCCGGUUCAACUCUAAUCCUUUACUUGUUAACCAUGUACUUACUAUUUCGCAGGCCGGGUUUCAUCCAGGCCGUUUGUUUUCUGCUACUCUUAUUUGAACCGUUGAUAUCUCACAUGGCUCAUUUAUGGA